AUGGGGGCCAAUCCCAUAAGUAACUCUGGUAACUCUGUUCCAGAUGACCGUUUGACUGCUCUCCUCCCAUCAGAUGGCAUUCCUUGGUGGAAGCAGCGGCAUCUUCUACGUCUUAACCUCAUCAUCAUCUCUUUGGUGUUGUACUCAUCGGCCAACGGAUAUGAUGGAUCCUUGAUGAAUGGUCUUGAAGCCCUCGACCAGUGGAAAGAUUUCAUGGACCAUCCAACCGGCGCUUGGCUUGGAUGGAUCAAUGCAAUCUACUGGCUCGGAUGUGGUGUUGGAUACCCAUCUGCUGCUUGGAUUGCCAAUCGCUACGGACGUAAGCCAGGAGUUUACGUGGGAUAUAGCUUCCUUGCUCUCGGCACAGCCCUCCAGACAGCGGCCCCAAAUGACAAGGCAUUCUUACUAGCCCGUCUGUUCUUGGGGGUUGCCUCUGCACUAUUCGGAAACGCUGUUCCCCUCCUGAUCAACGAAAUUGCCUACCCGACCCACCGUGGGAUCCUCAAUUGUCUCUUCAUGUCGGGAUGGUACGUUGGUGGAACAGUCGCGGCUUGGGUGGUCUUUGCUUCACGGACAUACUCAUCUCACUGGUCCUGGCGACUUCCAUCACUCCUGCAAGCGCUGGUGCCGCUUGUUGCUUUGCCCGGAUUUUUCUUCGCCCCCGAGAGCCCUCGGUGGUUGGUUUCGGUUGACCGGGAAGAGGAAGCGCGUAAAAUACUUAUAAAAUACCAUGCUGCGGGCGAUGCUUCCUCGCCUUUGGUCAACUACGAAUUCCAGGAGAUCCUCUCCACUAUCAGGGCAGAGAGGGAGGCAAGCAAUAACGGUUCCUAUGCAGAGAUGUUCAAGACACCUGGUAAUCGUCGUCGCUUGAUGAUUUCUAUCACCUUGGGAAUGUUUGCCCAAUGGGUUGGUAACGGUGUGAUUUCAUACUACCUUGCCCUAAUCUUGACAUCCAUUGGAAUGACCAAAGUUCGAGACCAGACUCUCAUUUCCGCCUGCCUUCAGAUGUGGGACCUGGUAUUCGCUGCAAUUGGAGCCGUUUUGAUUGAUCGGCUAGGACGCCGCCCACUUUUCAUGGCCUCGGCCGUGAUCAUGUUGGUGAGUUAUGUGCUUGUCACAGCUCUUUCAGGGUCCUUCGCGACGACAGGCGAUUCUGCAACCGGUGCUGCCGUCAUCCCUUUCCUGUUCAUUUUCUUCGCAGGAUAUUGUGUUGCGCUUCCAUCUGUUGCCAGGACUCCCUUCCUCACCUCCUAUCCCUGCGAAAUCUGGCCCUUCCGCCUCCGAUCCCGCGGUCUCACCGUUACAUGGCUUGCCACGAUUGUUGGCAUGUUUUUCAACACCUUCGUCAAUCCCAUUGCAUUGGAUGCCAUUGCAUGGAAAUACUACAUCGUGUUCAUUGUGGUGCUCAUCGUAUUCGGUAUUACGGCAUACUUUUUCUACCCCGAAACCAAAGGCUACUCGCUGGAACAAAUCGCCGUGAUCUUCGACGGCCCAGAUGCUCUGGUGGGAAGUGGUGCGGAAAAGACUCCGGUGGGUAUUCUCGAUGAUUCAAAGACUGGCUCGUCGACCGUUCAUAACGAAAUGGCUUAA